AUGGGAAUAAAUGGACUUUCAAAGGCGAUUAAACCCAUUGAGGAAAGAGCAUCUCUAUACGAGAGUGCCUCUAAGUAUCCUGCUAUCAUGGUCUUUGUGUACGAUGGACCGGGACGUCCAGCACUCAAGCGUGGUCGUCGUGUCCAAAAUUCUCCACCAUUCUGGACAGCUCCCUCUAUGGACAUAGUACAAGCGUUUGGAUAUUAUGUCCACCAGGCACCCGGUGAGGCUGAGGCCGAGCUUGCUAUGCUCAAUCAACACGGCCUCCUUGAUGCAGUCAUCACAAGUGACAGUGAUGUUUUUGUGUUUGGAGCGACUACAGUCUAUCGCACCAUCCCGGCCAAAACAAGACGUUUUGAAGAUGAAAUUGCUGUAUACACGGCUGAAAACAUAUCAAAUGUUAUAGGACUAACAAAGAAAGGUCUCAUUUUAGUGGCACUACUUUGUGGAGGAGACUAUGACGCAGUAGGACUCGACGGAUGCGGUCCAGCUACUGCUCUUGGCCUCGCAAAAUGCGGAUACGGUGAAAGUCUGAUUCAAAUAGUUCAAACUUUUCACGGAGAGCGAUUGACUGCUGCCAUUGCUCAAUGGCGUUUGGACCUUCAAAAGGAACUUUUCUCAAACUCCAGUGGACAUCUGAGAGGAAAGGAGCGAUCACUGGCCAAAAGCAUUCCUGAUUCUUUUCCCAGCCUUGAUACACUCUCACUCUACUUGGAACCUGUAGUAUCUGCCGGUGCUUCGUCCCAUCUUGCUCCUGUUUAUGACUUUAGGCACAGAGAACCAUCUUUGAAUCGUCUUGUUAUGGUGUCAUCGACUCAUCUGGGGUGGAAUACAGAAGAAAUUAUAAAGGACAAGUUCAAGAGAAAUGUAUGGGAAGGUGUCUUUCUGCAGAUGCUAUACUCGAAGUUUAUUCUUUACGACCACACCCAGCAGAUCCUUGCCACACCCAAUAUUCAAGCACGUUUAUUCAACCGUAAAAUUGCUAAUCGAGCUGGUCGUAUGGCACCAAAUACUUCUAGAUACCAAGCCAGAUUAUUGGUAUCGGCACAAAACUUCAUCGCAUUGAUGAACCCCUCAUUUCAGUCGUCUACUAAUUCGGACACAUUUCGAGCUUGGGUCCAUAUAGAUGCCUUACCGGAAAGAUUGCUUCAAGAGCUAUCUGGGGAUACUAAAACCACACAAAAAGCUGACAAGUCUCGGGUCAUGUUUGUUGAAGGAUCUUCUGGAGAUAGCAGCCAACAAGCAGCUGCAUUUCCAGAGCCAACCAAGCAUCAUCGGGGCGGAAUUCUUGAAGCCUUGGACCAUAUGAUGAAGGGAGAAUAUGCAUCCUCAACUACAAGAUCCCUGUUGAUUGAUCCCAAUGUCAUCGACUUGACAGAAGAUUCUGACCAUGAGAAGAGAUCUAUAUCUAUCCCAUCUUCGCUGCCUGAAACUGAAUGCUCAAUAAUUGAUUUGACUUAG